AUGGAAGUUGUUCCUGCUUUAGGAGAGAUUUGUGGCACAAAAGUCAGCAAAAAUUUUACAGGUCCUCUGUGUGGUCAUUGGAGAGGAUGUGCAAAAUGUUCUUAUGAAGAUAUCAUUGGCGUUGAGAACUUAUUCCCAGAAAAGGGGAUUUUGCAUUCAUUCAUGGAAUCCCACAUAGAUGGAGUGGUCCUUUUGGCAACUGAUUUUGUACAGAAGAAUGAGAAGAAAGAUGAAAGAGUGGAUCGCAUUUUGGAUAUGAUCAAUAGAAAACAUGAUUGGAACAAUCAUGUCUUGGGAGUAAAAGAAGCUACGAGCUCCGAAUUUGAGGAAGCUGGCGAAGAAAAAAGAGAGGAUCAAGCAGCUGAUACUGAGAGGGGUGAGAAUAGUCAUGUUGCACAGAAUGUUGAUGGCACAUCUGAUGUUUCGGGAAGAAACAAGAGAAAGCAUGCGGACCGAGGAGCAGAGUCAAGGAAGAAGAAUGUCUUUGUUAAAGGGAUCGAUUGA